UGCAGACAUUCACAGGAAGCUGGACCAGCAAUGGCUCUGCUGAAGGUUCUGCUGCUGCUGGGUCUGGGUGUUUCAGUGAACUCAGGUGUUUCUCUGCAGAAGAGAAUCAUUGGAGGUCAAAACUGUCAAGAUACGGAGCGUCUAUAUCAUGUUCGACUGGAGAGCAGGAGGGGUGAUAGAAAGUUUGGCUGUGGAGGAUCUCUGAUCAGCCGUCAGUGGAUCCUGACUGCAGCUCACUGCUAUAACUCAGAGCCAGGAUGGACUAAUGUAGCAAUGUUAAAAGUUCAUCCACGGAGUGUUAUACACUACAGUCAGGUAAUCCAAGAUGCUCCUGUGAUUUAUACCCACGACGGUCAUCAGCAUGGCAUCAUCUUACUGAAGCUUCAGACACCAGUACCAGAUUUCCCACUGGUUCGGCUACCAGACUGCAGUUAUUGUCUUAAAAUAGGCGAUAUUGUUCAGCUGGCAGGAGAGGGACCAACGACAACUGGCCCCAAUAAUCAGCGAUUAACAGCUGCUCCUCUUCCAGCACAUCUUCAGUGUGUCGACAUGAAAGUUAUUCAGUUUUCUGGCUUCAUCCCGACAUUUGGGCAUGUAUUCUAUGCAGAAGCAUCGAACAAGGAUAUAUGUUAUGGCGAUAUUGGUGGAGCAGCGGUGCACAACGGCAUGAUUUAUGGUGUGAUUUCUCUUGGUCAGCCAGACCAUGCAUGUCAGAGACCAGCUGCAAUUCUUGAUGUGUGUGAAUAUCUGGAGUGGAUAAAACAAACAACUGGGAUUGAAUAAAACAUAAAUUAUUAUGAAAUAAAAUUCUCAUCAAAUUUCAUCUCACACCUAAAUUUAUAAUUGUAUUUUCAUCAGUUUGAUCCACUUCUUUGUAGAAUUAGAAUAAAUCAAUAGGUUGGUUUUUCUCUCCUUAUCUUUACCUCCCUAAUGAAUAUUUCUCUGCCUCAGAAAUGAAAAAUAAAUCAAUAAAUGCAUGAAAAAGAAACA